ACGUCUCCUGUCUCCUCUGCAUCUCCCGUACCUCCUCCGCGUCUACUCUCCACCUUUUGUCACACAGAGUCCUUCCUCACAACCUAGCCCUAGUUUCUUCCACAAGUCAGCAUGAGUCUCGCAAAGAAGGUUCUGGAGGUCAACGACGACCUCCCCAUUAAGACAAAUCUCCCGGUCCACAGCGGGAAGGUACGCGCUGUCUACUGGUUGACGGAUGAGGACAGCAAACGUCUGAUCGAGGAGAAGGGAUACAACGUCGCUCCAGGUUCCCCUCUUGCCAUUAUGGUCAUCAGUGACCGCAUCUCUGCCUUCGACUGCAUUUGGCAGGGAGAGGGGGGCAUGAAAGGAGUUCCAGGGAAGGGAGCUGCCUUGAACGCCAUCUCCUCUCACUGGUUCAAGAUGUUCAGAGAGAAGGGACUUGCUGACAGCCACAUCCUCGAUGUCCCUCACCCCCUUGUGUGGAUCGUUCAGAAGGCGAAGCCUGUGAUGAUCGAGGCGAUUGCUCGCCAGUACAUCACUGGCUCCAUGUGGAGGUCCUACACCAAGGGAGAGCGGGACUUUUGCGGGAUCAAGAUCCCCGAUGGGCUGAAGCAAGACCAGAAGCUGCCCGAGCUCCUCAUCACCCCUUCCACCAAGGGGAUCCUGACAGGCAUCCCAGGGGUCCCGGAACAGGACGACGUGAACAUCUCUCGUUCGGACAUCGAGAACAACUACGAGGCCUUCAACUUCAAGUCGACCGCCGACAUCGACCUGUACGAGAAGCUCCUCAAGGAGGGCUUCGACCUCAUCAGCAACGCUCUGGCGGAGUUGGACCAGGUCUUUGUGGACACCAAGUUCGAGUUCGGCUACGUCAAGGACCGUGAGGGGAAGGAGAAGCUGAUCUACAUGGACGAAGUCGGAACUCCUGACUCCUCGAGGAUAUGGGAUGGGCCCUCCUACCGUGAGGGCAAGGUCGUUGAGAACUCCAAGGAGGGAUUCCGCCAGCUGCUCCUCAAGCACUUCCCUGACCCUGACAUCCUCCUCAACAAGGAUAGAAUGGAGGAAAGGAAGGCUCUGGCAAAGAACAACCCUCUUCCUGAGAGUGUCUUGAUGGAAGUCUCCAAGACGUAUGUAAACAUAGCUGAGAAGAUCACUGGGAAGAAGCUCGAGAUUCCGGACGAUGCCAAGGGUGAAAUCAUCAGCAUCCUUCGUGACCAGUACAAGGUCAUCAAGGAGUGAUUUGCCGAGGCGGACGGACUGCAAGAAACUCUCAUACCCCUGUAACUCUUUGGCUAAAUUAAAAAACA